AUUCGGAGGAUGAGACCGACUUGGAAUUGGAUAUGGAUCCUUCUCAGCAACAAAAAUUGCCCAUAAGCUGACAUUUUUUCCUUUUUUGCUGUUCCAGACCCCUUGAGAGAAGAUCUCUCCCCGUUUCUGAUGCAAUUUCUCACCGAUUUCUAUGGAUUCUAAGCCUCAGCCUGCAGCUUCUAAUCCUCCCCCGAAACCCUGGGAACGAGUAGGGGGAUCAUCAGGUCCAGCACCUUUUAGACCCCCAUCAGCUGGCAAUACAAGCGACGUUGUAGAGGCUUCGGGGACUGCAAAACCUGGGGAAAUUGUUUCUAGUUCUGAUAGUACUGCUGCUAUUAAUAGGAACUCACUUGGCAGGCCUGUUCCAACAAGGCCUUGGGAGCAAAACUAUGGGAAUACCAGCUAUGGAGGAGGAGGAGCUUAUGGUUCAACUAUGAAUAAUUCUCUCUACGGUUCUGGAAUGUAUGGUUCGUCUUCUUAUGGUGGAGGAAUGUAUGGUGGUGGAAUGUAUGGAAACAACAGCAUGUAUAGAGGAGGUUAUGGUGGGCUUUAUGGAUCUUCUGGUAUGUACGGAAGUGGCGGUAUGUAUGGAGGUGGAAUGUAUAACAGUGGCGGCCUUGGAGGUCCGAUGGGUGGCUAUGGAAUGGGGAUGGGUGGUCCUUAUGGUGGUCAAGAUCCAAAUGACCCGUACGGUCCUCCCUCAUCUCCUCCAGGAUUUUGGAUGUCAUUUCUGCGAGUGAUGCAUGGUGUCGUGAACUUCUUUGGUCGAAUAUCUAUUCUUAUUGACCAGAACACACAGGCAUUCCAUAUGUUCAUGACUGCACUACUUCAGCUUUUCGACCGCUCUGGUAUGUUAUAUGGAGAGCUUGCUAGAUUCGUCUUGAGACUGCUUGGGAUUAAAACAAAACCUAGGAAGGUUCAAAAUGUGGGUCCUGAUGGGCUUCCUCUUCCUGGAGCCCCCCAUCCUCAUCAAGGCCAGAACUCGAUCGAGGGACCGAAGGCCUCUCCUGAUGUUCCGUGGGAUAAUGUUUGGGGGAAUGGUUCCCAGUAAACGAACAGAGUUGCUUGAUAUUUGAAGCUUUUCGAUUAUUACAAUACAUGGAAGAUCUUAACAGGACAGAGAACUGAGGUGAUCCCUAGCCUGUAAUAGCAGGAAGAUUCAGCAGAGAUCCCUGCCUCUGCCAUGGCUUCGGUUGCAUUCUUCGUUCUUCGUUCUGGAGUCUGAGAAAUACCAUAAUAUGAAAUUGUGAACUAAGCUGUCUUUGAUCUGGAAUACAAGUUAGUUUUACUGGUUCAGUUUAGCAUUAUUAUUUGUGCGUGAUGGAUGAUUGAUGAUGAAUAAAACAGAGGAAAAAAAAUGACUUGUGGAGAGUGAGCAUGUUUGAAA